CAGACUUUAUUGGCUUUCAUCGAGAUAAGACAGGAUGUAAACCGCCAUGUUUUAUUGGUUUUGCAAGUCAGUCGACGCAGGAUGAAAACCUCGACGGCAGUCGCGACUUUUCUGCUGGUUCGCCUCGUCGCCGCCGAUGACGACGGCGACGACGAUGGGGGUGGGGGCGGUGGGGUCGCCAUCUGGCUCCCGAUCUUGUUGGUGGUGCUGAUCGCGGCGAUUGCGGUCGCCGUCUGGUUCUUCUGCUGCCGCGGAAAUAGGUCCAAAGUCAGGAGCAUCAGGCAGAGAAUGGCCAGCAGACCGCCUCGAAGACGGAACCACCCCGGCCCCCGCGGCAUCCAGCUGUCCCAGUCUUCUCCCGUCUCCCCGCCGGACGAGCCAGGCCUCAAAGUCACCAUCUCCAGCCCCCACCGGAGCGACUCCCUGGAGGCCCCCUCUGCCCCCUCUGCCCGCCUUGCCCCCCCUGUCCCCGCCGGGUCCAACACCUCGCUUCACGCCACGACCAGCGAAGAAGACCAGCCUCCCCCUUACAUGAGGGAGGCGAUUUCGUGCUCUAAGGAUGACGACUGCAAGAACUUUCCCCUGAGGAACUUCUGCAUGCGGGACGGACACGACGGCUGCGAGUGUUCGUCGGCGCGGGCGGCAGACAACGCGGCGAUUGGCGGAUCCGAUCUAGGGGUGGGGAAGGACGUGGGGAAGGACGUGGAUGCGUCGGGUGUCGCCCUGAAGCCGAAGGAAACCCGCAGAGGACGCGAUUGCCCCUGCGACAAUCAUGAUAAAAUUAAUCGCAAAGGCGAUGACGACGAAGACGACUGCCCCGAAGAAGUGCCCCUGGAAGAAGGCGACAGCCCCGAAGAAGUGCCCCUGGAAGAUGGCAACCACCACGAUGAAGAACACGAAGAAGACGAACACUGCGAGCGCUCGUUCCCCUUCUGGAUCCUGCUAGUGGGAGCCGGCGCCAUUUGCGUGGGCGUUGGCAUUUUCACCUGGUGCUGCUGCUGCCGUCGGAAGGUCGUUCGGGGAACUGCGUCAGAGAAAGCCCGCGAAGCGGCGGGAACAGGACCCUCAACCAUCUCGAAGGCCCCAAGCGAAGCGUUGGAUCCCCCGCCUCCGUACGCGUUCGAUCCCCCGCCGUUAGAGCUGAACGGGCACAGGAGGCGUCUGACAUGGGAAGCGACGCCGAGAAGCAUCCACGACGGCGUCGCUUCUGCCUUCGAGAACGCGGACUGCCUCGUCUUCGAUGGGGACAUCGCGAGGCUGUUCGCCCACAAUGGGAACCUGGGGAUCAAUGUCACCGUCUUUAUGGUGUGA